UCAAAUAAAAUGAAGCUUUAAGUUUAUUAAAUUUUGUGAACUCUCGAAAUGUAUUAAUUUAAAACGUUUCACAACUUUAAUUUUCAUUUAAGAUACUUGCAAAGAUUAAAAGAAGAAAACUUUAAAAAUAUUUUUCUCUUGAGACUUAAAAGCUUUAAUGUUCUGUUAGUGUUCUGUUCAGACAAGUGCAGUGAGAAGUUUUUGUAUUACUACUUGAAUAGUUCGAAUCAGAUUUUAACUUGAAAAUGGAUGACAAGAAAAACGGAAGCAACUCCAUCAAGUAUAAUACGAUGGAGCGACAGAAUAGCAACGAUUCUGUUGAAAUUAACGCAUUUGAUGAUAUUUCGACGAAAUCUUUAGUGAAGAAUAAAGAAAUAAGUUCGGACGAUUCCUUGUCGUCACUCUCACAUACUUCGUUUAAUUAUAUAAAUUCCAUUGUCGGAAGUGGAGUCAUUGGGAUUCCAUAUGCACUUGUCAGAGCUGGUUAUGGUGUUGGAUUACUUUUAUUGAUUUUCGUCGCAAUCAUUACUGAUUACAGCCUUCGUCUUAUGAUCAAAACAGCUCAUUUAUCAGGACGUUUGAGCUAUGCGAGUGUCAUGGAAAGCGCUUUUGGAAGUGGAGGAUAUUAUUUACUUUCAUUCCUUCAGUUUCUUUAUCCCUUCUUAGCAAUGAUUUCUUAUAACGUUGUUGUUGGCGACACGUUAUCUAAAGUUCUCGUGAGAUUCGCUCCCUCAUUGGGAACAUCAAUGGGCGCCGUACGUUUCUUCAUCGUUUUUCUCGUUACAUUGUUUGUCACGACUCCAUUGUGCUUGUAUAAGAACGUCUCACGUCUGGCGAAAAUCAGUUUCAUUAGCUUGGUGUCCGUGCUACUGAUUCUGCUAGCCGUGAUCUAUAAAUUAUUCAACGGUGAUUAUGCAAAUGUACCGCGUCCCGAUGAUGCCUACACUUUUGUUCAACCCGACAUUCUCUCAGCAACAGGCAUUAUGGCAUUUGCUUUUAUGUGCCAUCACAACACAUUUCUAAUCUACCAUUCAAUGAAAGACUCGACGCUUGAGAAGUGGGAAAAAGUUACUCACAUAUCAGUGGGCUUCGCAUGGAUCGUCGCUGUGCUUUUUGGUAUCGCGGGUUAUGCAACAUUCACAACACUCUCGCAAGGAGACUUAUUGGAGAACUACUGUUAUGACGACAUGAAUCUUGCAAGGGUGCUUUUUUGUGUCAGCAUUUUACUGACAUUUCCACUUGAAUGUUUUGUAUCGCGAGAGAUAAUUAAAACACAAAUCAAACGCUUUUAUUCCCACGAGUUGGUGGAGUAUGAUAAGAAUGCGGAUCCACGUAGCAGAGAAGAUUCAGAGGAUAAAGAUUUAAUUGUUACACUUUUUGUCGUCUUCUCGGCUUUCUUCAUUUCACCGACGAGUGAAUGUCUUGGCCCAAUCUUGGAGUUGAAUGGUUUACUCGCGGCAAUUCCUUUAUCCUAUAUCCUGCCCGGAUUAAUCUUUCUUAAGCUCGACCCUCAUUCUUUGUUCAGCCGUGAGAAGCUUCCAGCGAUUGUGCUCGUUAUUUUCGGCUUAAUAGUCUCGAUAUCAGGCUCAACAGGAAUCGUGCUCGGGUAUUGCAGGGAUGAUGAGAUUGCCAUAAAUGCCACAACGACUACUCCCACAGCAACAAGACUACCGUUGCCUAAAUUUCGAAACUAAAACUUUUAAAAGAAAUGUAAGAUUAGGAAAGCGGGUUGUAGAGAAUGUUCCAUCAUGUGGAAAUGAAAAACUAACAAAACGAAACGAAAAUUUAAUUCAAGGUCGGUUUUACUUGUAAAGAGCAAAAAUUUAUGAAGAGAAAUUGAAAAAAUCGAAUUCAUAUCAUUUUUCUGUAGAGUAAAAAUUUUAUUCCUGAUUCACUUCAAAAAGUGAUUAUCUAAAACAAAAAUAUCUAGUAAAAUGAGAGAAAAUAUUUACCAUUAAAGGAGAAAUCAUAAAUUUCCAGAUAUCAGAUAGCAAUCAAAAUGAAAAAUGAUAAACGAACUUUAUAAAAAGAAAAUAUUUUUCCUGACAAUCUUUUCACAUUUAUUUUUGGAAAUUUUACGAGACGAACUUUAAAAGGUUCAUGAAUGAUAUCAGAAGAAGAAAAACUGACACAAUAUAAAAUUGAUAUCAUUCUUAAACUUGAGUGAAUAAAGUACACAAAGUAACAUGAAAGCUUUAUUACGUUUUUAGCUGCAAUGCAAUGUUUUUACGACGAUGGAAAUUCUUUUUAUUAGCGUGUAAAGGCUCUGAGUUACUUACAUACUGCAAGAUGAAGAAUUCAUUCAUGUGCUACAUUGAAUUAAGCAAGAUUUUAAUUAUAUUUAUUUGACUUUCUCCUCGUUCUUCAAAUAUCUGUGAAUGAGGGAAAUUCUAAAUAUUUUUCCAUUACAUAAAUAUUUAUUUAUCAAUAAAUUUUAUGUAUGUGAAUGAGUAAGACGAAGCAGCUUUUAUUGAUUCAAGUAUGUGUAACAAUUUGAGAACUUUGCAUUAAAGUAAGUGAAGACUGAUUUAAAUUUACGUAGAAAAUUUGUUGCGCAAUACUGCAGUAUUAAAUCGACUUCAGUUGCAUCAUUUAUGAAAAAUUCAAUGAAAACUCCAAAUGGAAAUUGUGAAGGUUUCAAGACUUUCUUCAGUUUUCCACAAGAAAAUGAAGAAAAUUCUUAAAGGAAGUGAUUGUAUGACCAAACCACAAACUUUAUAGAAAAUUAAUAAGAAGAUGAAAUAUUUACAUACAUGUAACGUAAUGAAUUAAAUUAAUUAAUAAUAAUGAAGAAAAAUAUAUGCAAAUGUCGUAGCUUUAAUCUGAAUGUUUAGUUGAACAUCUUUAGAAGAAAAUGAAUGAAUAAAAUUAAAAGAAAUCUUUAAUUCAACAUCAAUAUUUUAUUAUAUUUAUUAUCUUCGUGAAGUAUUUUAAUUGAAACAAUUUCAAUGAUUGGGAAGUGUUGAUAAAUUGUGGCUUGACAGUGAUGAGUGCAAUUUUAUUUACUUUUUCAGAUUAUUUCAUUGUUUAACUUCCACCGUUCAUAGAGUAUUUAAAAAUUGAUAGUUUGUGCAAUUAAUCAACAUAAGAUAUAUUCAAUAUUGCUACGCAAGACAAAGCAACACUUCCCGUUUCACAAUUCAAGUUGAAAAGGCCUCCAAACAAUCAAGGCACUUGUUUAAUUCAAUAAUCACAAAUGACGAUCCUACAACAAAUUUAGGAUAUCUACAUACAGAUAAUGAGUCAAUUUAAUGAUAAAAAUUUCCAUUACAAUAUGGAAUACUUCAGACAAUAUUCUUCAACACUUUUAAGCCACUCGCAUUUGUGGAAAACUGUUGAAAAAUAUUUAUUUCUUUUUUUCCUAAAAAAUAAUAAACUUACGCGUCUCUUUAAGUAUAAGUAACAUAAAAAAAUCAUCUUCAAUUAAUCUAAAAUGAAAAUAAAUAAAUAAGAUCAAAAAAGAACUCAAGCGCUCUUGCAUUCAAGAUUAAGAUUAUUUUAUCUCAAACGUUGUUUGUUUGUUUAAUUGAUUUUGUAAACACCAUAAAGUGUUCUUAUUGUUCUCGAUGAUGCGGCGGCAUCAAUUUGGCUUGAUGUUGUUGUGGUUGGUGUUGAUGUUGUCGAUGUUGGUGGUAAUUCCAUUAUAAUUUUUGGUUCUUCAUCCAUGGUUUUAAUUGUGUCAUAAAGUUGUUCCAUUGUUGGCAUUUUCUUAUUUCCCAUUGUCAUGUCAUCACGAUCGUCAUCGACUGGAUAAACAUUCAACGAUUGAUCUCUUACUGGCGUUCCGUCAGGCAUCAUAUAAGCUACCAUCGAACCCAUCAAGUAAUUUGUAUUUUGUUCCAAAUGUUCUUGAUUGUCCAAAUCAUGUGGUUUGUUGACGUAUGCGUAGUUGUUAUUUGUGGCAGCGCCAUCAUGUAAAUGAUUGCUGUAUUCAUCAUCAUGAUCAUAACGAUUCGUGCUUCCAUAUUGAGUUGCUUCCUCGUUGCCAGUCGUCAUCUCAUCAAUAAAUGAUGGAUUUUGUUGUUUAUAUUGUUCCUGUUGCAAAUACUGUUGACGAUCGUCUUUCUCAUAGUCUGGGCCAUUCAUCAUUGAAUUCCAAACUGUUAUUGGCAUUUCGUUGAUAUGGGUCCAUUUGGUCAAGAUGAGAGUCUUCCAUGUCAUUCAGUUUUAUAAUUCCGUACAUCAUCAUGUUAUGCUUACAUUGGGAAGAGUUUUCAUGAAGUUUUUCUUUACAGUAUGCUUGAACUUGCUUCGCAAACAUUGAAUAUAAAUGACUCAUUUUUUCAUCUCUUGAGAGAUAUUCCCACAUUGGUAUAGCUGAUGAUGAAGAUUCGUUGACACAAAGUGCUAACAAUGUUAGCAAAGCGAUAACUUUAACUUUCAUUUUAUUUUUCUUCUUCUUUUUAUCGAUUUCCUUCAAUUAUUUUUUUUAUUCUUUCUUAAACUUUACGAUUAUCUUUUUCUUUCUUCUCUCAAUAAUAAAUUUAUUGUUUUUCUAGUAACACCGCAAAAAAAUUACUACGUUCGUCUUGUUCGA